AUGAAAACAUAUAAAGACUCGCGAUGUAAGCUGUCGCUGGUGGUGGCAUGGCUGGUCCUGCUAGCUGCAGCGGGGACCGCAGCGGCGCAGAAGCAGGCGGUCGACACAGGCAGUCGGGGCCGGCUGUCGGAUCAGCUGCUCAAAACCUACCUGUCAAACGAGCAGCUGGCCGCUUGGAUAGACGAGUUUGUGGACAAAUGCUCCAGCAUAUCCCGGAAGUUCAGCAUCGGCAAAAGUGUGCAGGGGCUGGAUCUCUGGGGGAUAGAGCUUUCCGACAAGCCUGGCGUUGAGGAGGCGGAGCCCAAGUUUAAAUACAUCGCGAACAUGCACGGCGACGAGCCCAGCGGCAGGAUGCUGCUGCCGAUGCUGGCGGAGUGGCUGUGCGCCAACAACGGCAAGGACGCGCGCGCCACGCGCCUCCUGCGGGACGCGCACCUCUUCAUCAUCCCGACCCUCAACCCUGACGGCUUCGCACUGCACCGCCGAGCCAACAGCAAAAACAUCGACAUCAACCGCAACUUCCCAGACCCCAUAAUUUACAAAGGCCGGGACCUGUCCAAGCCCUUAGACACGGCCGCCCCAGAGACCAUUGCGAUUAUGAACUUCACUAGGAAUGGCCACUUCACGGCGUCAGCAAAUCUUCACGAGGGCGCCAUCGUGGGUGGCGCCGGCGGGGGACUGGCAUUUGUGUGUGUGUGGGGGGGGGUCAACAUAACGUGCUGA